AUGGACUGUGGGCCACCUGCUGCCCUCCAGCCCCAUCUGGCUGGGCCGCCUGGCACUGCCCACCACCCAGUGGCCGUGUGCCAGCAGGAGAGUCUGUCCUUCACGGAGCUGCCCAUCCUGCAGCCUCCAGGCCCUGUGUGUCUGGAUCUCUUCCCUGUGGCUCCAGAGGAGCUGCAGGCACCUGGCAGCCGCUGGUCUCUGGGGACCCCCGCUCCCCUCCAGGGGCUGCUAUGGCCACCGCCCCCAGGAGGCGCAGACCCCGAGCUCUCCACCAGCGGGGGAAUGCGGCCCAGCAGGGCUGGCAGCUGGCCACACUGUCCUAGUGCCCAGCCCCCAGCCCUGGAGGGACCCUGGAGUCCCCAGCACCCACAGCCACAGCGCCGGGCCAGCCACGGCUCAGAGAAGAAGUCAGCCUGGCGCAAGAUGCGGGUGUACCAGAGAGAAGAGGCCCUUGGUGGCCCCGAGGCCCACGCUGUCUUCCUGGAGCCGAGUCAGGCCGCGGAGCAGGCGCUGAGCGCAGAGGAGCCCCAGCCCGCGGGGUUGCCUGGGCCGGCUCGUGGGGGCCUCGAGGGGCCUGAGCGGAGGCGCUUCUCGGCCUCUGAGCUGAUGACCCGCUUGCACUCUUCCCUGCGCUUGGGGCGGAAUUCAGCAGCCAGGGCACUGAUCCCAGGGUCAGGGUCAGGCCCCAGAGCCGCCCUAGAAGGGAAAGCGCCUGGAAGAGACUCGCGCAGUGUAGAGAUGAGGGUGGACACCACAGCGACGCCAGCUCCUGUUGACCUGAGCGGGGUCCCCGACAGCUGGCAGGAGCCCAGGCUGGAUGCGCGGGAAGAGCCGGCGCCAGGGCCCCGGAGCGCCAGCGAGCGGCGCCAGUCCCGCUUCCUGCUUAACUCCGUCCUCUACCAGGAAUACAGCGACGUGGCCAGCGCCCGCGAGCUGCGGCGGCAGCAGCGCGAGGAGGGCGCGGCGGACGAGGUGGAGGGCGCGGAGGAGGGCCCGGGGCCGCCGCGCGCCGACCUCUCCCCGAGCAGCUCGUUCAGGGCGCAGCGCGCUGCGCGGGGCUCCACCUUCUCGCUGUGGCAGGACAUUCCCGACGUGCGCGGCAGCGGCGUCCUGGCCACGUUGAGCCUGCGCGACUGCAAACUGCAGGAGGCCAAGUUUGAGCUGAUCACGUCCGAGGCCUCAUACAUCCACAGUCUGUCGGUGGCCGUGGGCCACUUCUUAGGCUCAGCCGAACUGAGUGAGUGCCUGGGGACACAGGACAAGCAGUGGCUGUUCUCCAAACUGCCCGAGGUCAAGAGCACCAGCGAGAGGUUCCUGCAGGACCUGGAGCAGCGGCUGGAGGCGGAUGUCCUCCGCUUCAGCGUGUGCGACGUGGUCCUGCAGCACUGUCCGGCCUUCCGGCGUGUCUACCUGCCCUACGUCACCAACCAGGCCUACCAGGAGCGCACCUACCAGCGCCUGCUCCUGGAGAACCCCAAGUUCCCUGGCAUCCUGGCUCGCCUGGAGGAGUCUCCUGUGUGCCAGCGGCUGCCCCUCACUUCCUUCCUCAUCCUGCCGUUUCAGAGGAUCACCCGCCUCAAGAUGCUGGUGGAGAACAUCCUGAAGCGGACAGCGCAGGGCUCUGAAGAUGAAGACAUGGCCACCAAGGCCUUCAACGCCCUCAAGGAGCUGGUGCAAGAGUGCAAUGCCAGUGUGCAGACCAUGAAGAGGACAGAGGAGCUCAUCCAUCUGAGCAAGAAGAUCCACUUUGAGGGCAAGAUCUUCCCGCUGAUCUCUCAGGCCCGCUGGCUGGUUCGGCACGGGGAGCUGGUGGAGCUGGCACCCCUGCCCGCGGUGCCCCCUGCCAAGCUGAAGCUGUCCAGCAAGGCGGUCUACCUGCACCUCUUCAAUGAUUGCCUGCUGCUCUCCCGGCGGAAGGAGCUGGGGAAGUUUGCCGUCUUCGUCCAUGCGAAGAUGGCAGAGCUGCAGGUGAAGGACCUGAGCCUCAAGCUGCAGGGCAUCCCCGGCCAUGUGUUCCUCCUUCAGCUCCUCCACGGGCAGCACACGAAGCACCAGUUCCUGCUGAGGGCCCGGACGGAGAGCGAGAAGCAGCGAUGGAUCUCGGCCCUGUGCCCCUCCAGCCCCCAGGAGGACAAGGAGGUCAUCAGCGAGGGGGAAGACCACCCCCAGGUCCAGUGUGUCAGAACAUACAAGGCGUCGCAGCCAGACGAGCUGACCUUGGAGAAGACGGACAUCCUGGCCGUGAGGAUGCGGACCAGUGACGGCUGGCUGGAAGGGGUGCGCCUGGCAGAUGGCGAAAAGGGCUGGGUGCCCCAGGCCUACGUGGAGGAGAUCAGCAGCCUCAGUGCCCGCCUCCGGAACCUCCGGGAAAAUAAGCGGGUCACAAGUGCCACCAGCAAGCUGGGGGGCCCCCCCGUGUGA